AUGUCGAAACAUGAAAGUGUUCUGUCCCACGCACUCGCCAUCCCAGCCUUUAACAAACUAGCUGGAAAACGGGUAGUUUUGGCGUCGGCAAGCCCUCGGCGAAAAGAGAUCCUCCAGAUAUUCGGUCUUGAACCAGAGAUUGUUCCAUCCAAAUUCGACGAGAAUUUGCCAUACACUUCAUUCGAGAACGCGCACGAAUAUCCUGUCGCGACCGCAACCGAAAAAGCUGUAGAAGUUUACCAGCGCCUCUUCGAAGACGAAGUCUCUCCCGAUCUAGUUAUAGCUGCCGACACAGUAGUCCUGUCACAUAGGCUUCCCCCAACGUCUGAUGUUGUUCCAUCUAUGUAUCCCCAAUCAUUCCCCGAUAUUUAUGAGAAGCCCACGUCGAAGGAGGAUAAUUUGAGGAUGCUCCUCGACCUGAACGGAGGGACAUGCGAGGUUGUUACCGGUGUUUCUGUUGUGUAUCCCACUAUAACAGCUCCCGGUUAUGCUAUCAAAUCGAUUGACGAGCGGACGAUUGUGCAUUUCCAACAGAAUAGCCAUCGGAUCUUGCAAGCGUACGUGGACAGCGAGGAAGGUCUCGAUCGUGCCGGGGGAUUCGCGGCCCAGGGUAUGGGAGGAUUGUUGCUCAAGAAAAUCGAUGGAGACUGGUGGAAUGUAGUUGGGUUCCCAGCCGCUUCUUUCUUUAAAUUGGUCCAACUACUUAUUGACGAAGAGGAAGAUUUUCUGUCUCUGGAAUGACAAUUUGUUGAUCGAUCAAUCAAGCGUGUACAAGUAAUCCAAUGCCAACUCCCCAAAAGAAUGCUAGCUUAGUGUGAAGGCGUUUUGGAAGCAGGUAUUGCUGGAACUGCGAAUUGCGCUGGACGAGUUGUUGUAUCAACUACCGCGGGGUGCGAUGUUUCUGGUUGAUUGCCCGAUAUAGGAUCCCCUGCUUCUUCGUCCCAGCUCAACAAACCGCCGAGGGGAACAUGCUGCACGACGACCCGCUUCGAGAGCACUUCCGCAACAUACAUUUUGAACAUUCCGGUAUUCACUUUGCGCCAACCUUGCACACCUACAGCAAUGGAGUACAGCUGCGGUGAGUGCUCGUGGAAAGGACCUUGCUUGAGCUGGCGGAUUCGAUCGAUGCCGAGAUUGUAUAGAUUAGUUGGGGGAAGUGUGGGAUUCAAAAUGAUCG